AGCGUGCACGCUGAUGAAUGCAGGAGCAGGGAGGGAGGCAGGGAAGGGCUCCUGAAUGCGCCUCCUGCUGCGUCGCUCAGUCUACGUGCACGUCCUCGACAAAUAAAGAAAGGAGGAAAAGAAGGAGCCAGAGACAGAGAGGUAAACGCACCAUCCUCUUCUUCCUCAUCUGCUGCAUCUUCAUCGCCACAUCCCCCUCCCCUCCUUCUCCUCUUCCUCCUACUCUCAGUGAAGGCAUGGCCAGUCAUCACAGCCACAAAGGAGACGGAGUGAUGAGGAGACCUUGACAGAAGGAGGCUGCAGACUUCCAGAGAGGAAGAGGAUAGGAGGAAGAAGAGAUCGACAAGGCUGCUUCCACAUUUCAAACAUGACUCUGGAGGACGCUGUGUGAAACAUCGUUUGGUGUGAAGAGUCCUCAGCAUCAGGACCAGCAGCAGAUUGAGGACGGGCCACAUCGAAGCUACAGCCAGCCUCCAGAUAAAACCAGUCAGAGAGCUGGGACCAGUUUGGCCCUGAUAUUCUGGGAACAGCACAUCCUCAGAUGGAGGCUAAUGUGGCUGAAAAACGUCAUCGUACUCGGUCCAAAGGAGUCAGAGCCGCUGUAGAAGUAGUAACACAGGAGUUGUUCAGCUGUCCCACCCCUGGAUGUGACGGCAGCGGCCAUGUCAGUGGGAAGUACGCCAGACACCGCAGCAUCUACGGCUGUCCACUGGCCAAGAAGAGGAAGACUCUGGACAAACAAACUCCGGAACCGGCUGCUAAGAGAAGGCCCUUCAUCACCCCCUGCCUGGGAGAGGAGGAGGAGGUAACAGGAGCCUUCAGCAGUUAUCAGAAUGAAACCAUGGAGGUAGGAUGGGAGAGGAAGGAGCAGGGGGAGGAGGACGAGGAAGAAGGUGAGGUGGAGGAAGAGUUCUCUGAGGACAAUGAGGAGCAAGGAGAGGAGGAGGAGGAAGAAGAGGAAGGAAUGGCAGUGGUGAGAGCAGAUACAAGAGGAGGAGACGAGCAGACAGAGGAAGAGGAGGAGGAGGAGGAGGAAGAGGAAGAGGAGGAGGAGGAGGGGAUGGAUGAGGAUGAUGGUGAUGAUGAGGAAGAGCCAGAGGAUGAAGCAGAGGAAGAAGAGGAGGAGGGAGAACAGAAUUUGCUUCAGGAAAACCAGUACAAACCCAGCGGACAGUCAAAGCUCAGUCCAAUCCAGAAGGACAACAACAACAACAGCUGCACCAUGGGAAAUGCCCCCAGGGAAGAAUAUGAGAACUACGACGAGCUUGUCGCCAAGUCGCUGCUCAAUCUCGGUAAGAUCGCAGAAGACGCUGCCUACCAGGCCAUGACCGAGUCCGAGAUGAACAGCAACUCGUCCAACAGCGGCGGGGAAGAGGACGAUGAUGAUGAGGAUGAUGGCAGUGAGCAGGACGAUAGGCAUGGUGAUCUGAGCGUAGACCUGGACAGCGAUGUGGUCAGGGAGACUGUGGACUCUCUGAAGCUCCUGGCUCAGGGUCACGGCACCAUGCUGCCUGAAGACGGAUACCUAGAAAGCGCUGUGAUGAAUGAUGGGCGGGGGCAUGGGGUCAGGGGUCAGACAGAGGGCGGUGGGGAGGAAGUGUGUCUCAAUAGUCUGGAGUGUCUGAGGAACCAGUGCUUUGAUCUGGCCCGUAAGUUGAGUGAGAUGCCACCAUCAGACCGACCCAUCCUGCACAGUAGUUACGUCCAACAAGCAGUGGACCAGCACGUGCUGCAACACCUGAACAGGUACGACACCUAUCCACAAGAAGUUCAGGAAGACGCCAGACCACUGGAGCGUAGCUACUCUGAGAUGUUGAACCUGAUGAAGCUGGAAGAGCAACUGAGUCCAGCAUCCAGAGGCUACAGCUACAGUCAGGAGGGCGACGAGGACACCACAUCCGUGGCCUCAGACCGCUCCGAUGACACAUUCGACAUGGCCAAGGGAAACCUGUCGCUGCUGGAGAAGGCCAUCGCCCUGGAAUCUGAGAGAGCAAAGGUGAUGCGGGACCGGAUGAUCUCAGAACAUACAAUGCCCCGUCGGGAUCAGCACCAUCACCGCAUCCAUGGGGAGCACAGCCCCAGGCAUAGCACCGCUGCUGAGGAACGCAAGUCCAGGAUGCACCCGGAUGGGCUGAAGAGGGCCUACUACCCUAAAGAUUCUUCCAGAGGAGAGAAGAAGGAGAGCAAAUGUCCGACACCGGGUUGUGAUGGUACCGGUCAUGUGACGGGUCUGUACCCCCACCACCGCAGCCUGUCCGGGUGUCCCCACAAAGACCGGGUCCCACCUGAAAUUCUUGCCAUGUAUGAAAAUGUGUUAAAGUGUCCGACUCCUGGCUGCUCUGGACGGGGGCAUGUCAAUAGCAACAGGAAUUCUCAUCGCAGUUUGUCCGGAUGUCCGAUAGCAGCUGCAGAAAAGAUGGCAAAGGUCCAUGAAAAGACUCACUCAUCUGAUGGUGGCAGUAAGACCAAUCAGACGUCAGACCGAGUCCUGAGGCCGAUGUGUUUCGUCAAGCAGCUGGAGAUUCCGCAGUAUGGCUACAAAAACAACGUUCCCACCAGCACACCUCGUUCCAAUUUGACCAAGGAGCUGGAGAAAUACUCCAAGACCAGCUAUGACUACACCGGCUAUGACGGACAGCAUGCCAGCUACGGAAAGAGAGGCCCCACAUCCAAAUCCCACCACGGACGGGACACAUCUCCAAAGGGAUAUGAGGCAAAUCGUUACUGUAAGAGUCCGGCCAGCAGCACCACCAGCUACGCUCCGAGCAGCAGCAGCAGCCUGAGCUGUGGAGGAGGAGGUGGAGGAGGAGGUGGAGGAGGAAGCAGCGCCAGCAGCACCUGCAGCAAGAGCAGCUUUGACUACACCCACGACAUGGAGGCCGCCCACAUGGCGGCCACCGCCAUCCUCAACCUGUCCACGCGGUGCCGGGAGCUCCCGCACGCUCUGGGAGGGAAACCCCACGACCUGCUGACUCAGAGUCCGGUCGGUGACCUGGAUGAUAAUGGGCCGAUAGAUGUGGGCGGUCAGCCCGGAGGUCCAGAGGGCAGCGGGACGGUGUUGACCCCCUUGCAGCCGAUGUCCCCACAGCGUCAGGCACUGCUCAGCAGCCGCUGCUUUCAGCUGGGUGACGCCGACUGCUGGGAUCUGCCGGUGGACUAUACCAAGAUGAAACGUCUGGGAGAAGAUCAGGAGCACAAAGAGCCGAGAGAUGAUCUGGAUCCAUUCCAGGAGCUGCUGGACGAGCAGCACUUCCCCGCUGAGGUGACGGUUCCCAGCCCCAAACACCACAAAUACCCCCCGUGCAAGGAUGGCAAGAAGGAGCUGAUCACUCUGUCAAGCUGUCAACUGGCCGAUAAGAACAUUCGUAGUUUGAUGACGUCCAACUCACAGGAACUAAAGUGUCCAACACCAGGCUGUGACGGGUCGGGGCACAUUACGGGAAAUUAUGCUUCCCACAGGAGUCUGUCUGGAUGUCCUCGAGCCAAGAAGAGCAGCGUAAAGAUCCUCCACAGCAAAGAGGAGAAGGACGAGCAGGAGCCGAUCAAGUGUCCAGUCCCAGGUUGUGAUGGACAGGGUCAUGUGACGGGAAAGUAUGCUUCUCAUCGCAGUGCAUCAGGCUGCCCCCUGGCGGCCAAGAGGCAGAAAGACAGCUACAUAAAUGGAUCGCAGUUUGUGUGGAAGUCUGGGAAAACGGAUGGGAUGAGCUGUCCAACUCCAGGCUGCGACGGCUCCGGACACGUCAGCGGGAGCUUCCUGACCCACCGCAGUCUCUCCGGUUGUCCCCGCACAACCUCGGCAAUGAAGAAGGCCAGGAUGAGCAGCGUGGACAUGUUGACAAUCAAACAAAGAGCAAGCAAGGGAAUUGAAAAUGAUGAAGAAAUAAAACAGCUGGAUGAAGAAAUCAAAGAUCUGAGUGAGUCCAACAAUCAAGUGGAGUCAGAUAUGAUCAAACUGAGGACUCAGAUCACCACCAUGGAGACCAGCCUGAAGUCCAUCGAGGAGGAGAACAAAGUGAUCGAACAGCAGAACGACUCGCUGCUGCAUGAACUCGCCAACCUCAGCCAGUCACUCAUCAACAGCCUGGCCAACAUCCAGCUGCCACACAUGAGACCGCUGCCACAGAAAGAGACCCCAGUAAAGCUUAACUGCAGUUUACAGAUGCUUCCCAGAGAACCAAUGAACGAGCAGAACUUUGACACAUAUGUGAGCACUCUGACAGACAUGUACACCCACCAGGACCAGUACCAGAGCCCGGAGAACAAGGCACUGCUAGAGAACAUCCGACAGGCUGUUCAGGGCAUCCAUGUCUGAUUGGGAGCAGGAAAAAGGUCCGGAGGAUCCGGACUGGUGGUUCUGCUGCUGCUGUUUUGCUGUUUUUCUCCUCUCCGCUCCACUCCAUCAGUGUCUGGUACUGUUCUCUUGGUUGGUGUUGCUUUGCUUUGGACCUCAGACAUCAUUUUCAUAUGACCUGAUAUAAUGUGACGUCCUGUUUAUGGCUGCUCAUCCUGUAAAUGGAUUUAUUUAUUUCCUGUUGAUGCUGUUUACACAAGGACAAACUGGGCUUUACUGGUUAAACUGGGAGCAGAGAAGAACCAUCGUCUGAAUGUCUGAAAUUAGACUGUGAUGUUCCUGUGAAUCAUUCACACUGAACCUCUGAACUUCCUGGUGCAGAUCCCACCAUCCCAUUGGUGAGUUUCCUUUCGAACUUUUAUUUUGAAAUGUAAACGGCUGCAGGAAACGUAGGAGACAAUCUGCCAUCUGACAUGACUGUAGAAGGACAGCCAGUCAGCAGUGUCCAUGUGGUCAUCCCUGUCUCGCUGUGGGAUGGAGUCUGUGUGAGAGGAACUGUGUGGGAAUAUGCAAUUUCUUAUGAAUCAAUGAGCAAAGAGCUGAAAGAUGUUUUUACUGAAGAUAAAUGUGACGCGUUUUGUACAAAUCUUUUCCUACAUCUGUGUUUUAGGAAUCAAACGCCUCUGUUCCCAUGUUUAGAUGUUUUAUUCUGAGCUUAUCUGGAUUUACAGGGUCAAAUAAAAAAAGCAUCCACACAGACUGAGGUCCUCCAGAACCUGUCGGAUGAAGGAGGCUUUGGGUCAACACCACAGAACGGAUGAGACAUUUCCUCAUCACACCUCAUCAUGCAUGCACUUUAUGGGAGCACGUUCCAGUAUCUUCAUGGCACAGGUCCAGUUUAUCACCACAAGGAAAACUCCGCCUCUCACUUGCUUAUAUGGCCAACUUCCUGAGCACAUAAACAAACCAUAACCUCCACGGUUUCUCCUUCAGUCUGGGAAGGUGGCUGAAGUUCUGCUUCUGUUCAUGAAACUAUGAGUUCAUUUUCUCAGCCCAGUUUGAUUCAGGAGGAACUAGGCUGGUUUCACAACAAACCAGUUUGACAAUAACAGAAGAAAAACCUUGAAAGUCUUCUUCAGAAGGUGAAUCCAGCCUGGUUCAUGCCCCAAGGUGAGAAAAAACAUGUUUCCAGGAUUAACACGAUCCAUGUGAAACAGUUCCAUCAUUCCCAGCAGGAAGGAACCUGAAUCAGUGUGUUGGACCACACUAUAAUCAUUACUGUCAUUCCAGAGUGGAGCUUGAUGGGUUUAAAAUGUUUCUGACAUUUUGGCAGAAGGAUCUCCUUCCAAAUAAAUUUAGAUCAGAAGUUCUAAAGCCUGAUAAAAGUCCUGAAUAAAAUUCCUCCCUCCUGUUUCUUGGAUCAUUUUGGGCUUUGAUCAAUGGACGAACAUCCCACUGACUGGAGGAGUUUUCCUUGAAGGAAACUGAUCUGGAGCUUCCUGCUGUAAACGCCUGCUUUGGUUUUUUCUAUCAUCAGUUUUCAUGGAGAACGGUGGAGUUAAAGCACAAUUUAAAGAUGUGAACUGUAACACUAACAUGCCUGAAUGAAGAACCUCAUCUUAAAAUGAUCUGAAAACGUUUUUUAUAUGUUUGAUUUCUUUCUUUGUGUCAAACUUUCAGAAGCUUUUUUCUUACCAAACAGCAUGACUUCCUGCUGACACCUUCAAGGUCACCAGUUUUUGUGGGACGUUUCUGUUGAAUUGUGGAGUUUGUACAGUUUCUAUCAUGUUGGUGUUGCCAUCUGUUGCUCUGAAUAAAUCUUGUGUUGCAACACC